UCACAACCAAAAAGAUCGACUGCCUCUUUGAGGUUAUUUGAAAAAGUUAUGUUCCUAAGAACAAGAGAAAAAGGUAGCGGUUGGAUCUUGAAGAAAACUGAGAUGCUUGUUAUCUUUUUAAUUUUUGUACAAGCCUCCUCAUAUUCUUUGGCCUUUGGAGAAUAUGUUUUUGAGGGGGCAGACUCAGUUGUCCUGCCAUGCCAGUACUCAGGUUUGUUACCUGAGGUAAACCCCACAGUGAUCUGGAGACGCCAUGAUCUUAAACCACCAACUAUCCACCUGCGGAGAGAGGAAGACGAUCUUCGUGGACAGAAUCAACGUUUCAGUGGGCGAACAUCAAUGAAACCUGAUGCUUUAGACUCUGGUGUCUUCAGCCUCAGUCUGAAAAAACCUCACCUCUCUGACAGCGGGAUCUACACCUGCAGCAUCAGUGAUGGCAGAGAAGAAAGAAGUAUCACAGAUGUUCAACUGGAGGUGAAAGUUCAACAGGUGGAGGUAAAGGUGGAAGAGGGAGUGGAGUUUGCCAUUCUGCCCUGUAAAACAACAGCUUAUCUGGAGGAGGAAGACACUGUGGAGUGGACCCGCUCUGAACCAGAAUUCAUGAUCGCCUAUGUGUAUGGCAAUGACAGCAACAAAGUUAAAGAUAUAGAUAAAUUAUUCUGUGAUCGUACAGAAAUGAGUAAAGAUAAAGUUAAAAGAGGAGACCUCAGUUUGACCCUCAGAUACCCCACAGAGAGAGAUACAGGAGUUUAUAUCUGCACAAUCUACAGGAAAGGGGACAUCGUCAGACAGAAAGUCAUUCUUCAUCUUUUCAAAGAGAUAUUUUCAUCAUGGGCCAAAGCUUUCCUGAUUCUUCUCAUCAUCGUACUUGUUUUUGGAGGCCUUUUAGUUCACUUCAGGCAAUAUCUAAAGUCAGUCUACAAAGUGGAGGUGAAUUCAGCACUGCAGUCUGUUACGCUGCCCUGUAAAUCAAUAACUUGUGUGGCUAAAGAUGUCACCAUAAGAUGGAGAAAUAACACCGGCCAGAUUGUUCACAUUCAUCAGGGCAGUUUCACAAAGCUUGAAGAACAACAUAAGCUGUACAAAGAGCGAACAGAACUGAAGAAGGGUUUAAAAUAUGGAGACUUCAGUUUGAUCCUAAAGAACCCCACAGACAAAGACACCAACAUCUACACCUGCACCAUCUCCAACACAUGGGGGAAAAUUCUGGUCAAGAAAGAAGUGCUGCUCAGUGUCAGAGCUGGGGUUGACUCUUUCAUCAUAGCCAUAGACAUCGGUUCAGCAUACACUGGCUAUGCUUACUAUGUCAAUCCCCAAAAGGAAGGAGGUGAGACCCAGAUAAAGAGAUGGGGUAAGGAACUUGGACUGGAAUCCCCAAAGGCUCCAACCUGCAUCCUGUUUGAUGAAAAUAAGAAAUUCUUGAAGUUUGGUUAUGAAGCAAAAACAGCGUACAACAAUAUGAAAGAAGAAGAGGCUAAGAAACAUUAUUUCUUUGAAAAUAUCAAGAUGGGUCUUAAUUGCAGGAACCCAGUGAAUCAGACAGCUAAAGCAGCCAAUGGGAAGUCAAUGAAGGCCUUCAAGGUGUUUACAGAAGUUCUAAGAUAUCUGAAGGACGAUGCUCUGGACACCAUCUCAGCCCAUGCCACAGUGGAAGAGUUUGAAGUCUCUGACUUCACCUGGGUGCUGAAUGUUCCUGCCAGCUGGGGUCCUGAAGCUAAACAGUUUUUAAAAGAUUCUGCAAUGCAGGCUGCUCUUGUAACUGAAGGAACAAAAAGCAAACUGACAUUUGUUUUGGACUCAGAAGCAGCUUUGGCCUGGUGUUUGAAGCCUCCUCCUGAUAGGUUCAUCAAGGGGAGCCACAGCAGAGACUCACUGGAUCAGUCUGCAGAAAUAAGACCUGCGGAUCUCAGCAGUGGAGACCCAUCCAGAAGUCAGGCGACAGUAAACAUUGAGAUGGAACCAGACGAAUCUGCAAACCUGCUGAAGAGAAAAACAAAUAUGAAAAGAGUUGUUGUUGUCGACUGUGGAGAUGAAACGAUUGACUUCACUGCUCAUGAAGUCCUGGAAGGAGGAGUCCUGCAGAAGCUGUUUGAGUUCCCCGGAAAUGAAAAAGGGGGAAAAAAUGUGCUUAAUAAAUUUAAACAAUUUCUGGGAGAAAUAUUCUGUGAUGGAGUCUGGGAUGAAUAUGAAGAAAAAUAUCAGAGAGAGGUUCAAAGGAUGCUACAUGAUUUUACCAGUUUAAAACGGGUAGAUGAGGAGAUUCUGAUCAGAUGUCCAUAUAGCCUAGUAGAGCUGGCCAAGAAAAAGAAAAACAUUGAAAUGUUCUUUGAAUCAGUAGAUGGAGCUUCCUGGGAUGAUGAUGGAUCCAUCAGAAUCACCAGAGAGAAACUGAGGUCUUUCUUUGCUGAGAGUCUCCAGGGCAUCACUGAGAGUCUCAGACAAAUAUUUAACAGAGAUCAUAGCAUUGGGUCUAUUGUGUUAGUGGGGGGGUUGGCUGAGAACCAGAUAAUACAUCAGCACAUCAUUGAUCAGUUUGGACAACAGCAUAAGGUCCUGGUUCCUGAAAGACCCCAGGAAGCCGUCCUGAAAGGAGCUGUAGAGCUGGUGAGAAACCCCCAGUGGGUGGAGUCUAAGAAAAAAGGCCCAGCUUGGUUAAAAUGUUUCUCUGAGAAAUUUUAAAGAAUGAAAAGUCAGGGAACAUCUUUUACAUUCUGGGUAAAAUCCACAAUAUCCCCAUAGUGGGACAAUAAAGGGAUUUAUCUAUUUUUAUUCUAAAGGAUGGGUAGAGAACUUUUUUUGUCAACCUCUUCAUUAACAAGCUAAUCUUUCAGACUUAAUGACCUGGUGUCACUGAAGAUCCACAGAAUUCAAUCUGUCCACUUUCUAUUUUACACUGGAGACCUGCUACAGAUUAUUAAGACUUUCUCAUUUAUAA